CUGACAAGCUUGUGCACGCUCAUACAACGAGAGAGUUGGUAGUCAAGGCAACACGCUGAUCGCUUGCUUUAUAAUUUCUGCAAGAGAUGUCUCUCCAGUUAUUUUCUGUUUUUUGGCUGUUUGCCAUCCAGGAGGAUUAACAAUUGUCAGCUACGAGCAUAUACAUAUUUGUUCAAUAGGAGACGCACCAAGACAGGUGGCUCGAAUCAACAAUGUGUGAAACUCGAUUAAACCGUGGAAAGUCGUGACAGAAAACUCGUGUUAAAGCUAAACUGGUGAUCACAAGAGCAUGAUCCAUUCAUUGACCGUCCGGUCUGUCUAGUUCUGUAGCGUCUUGCUGAGCGAGUGGUCACUACUAUGAUUCUGAGGUCAGAAGAUGAUGCUAUUGAAUUGAGUAACGAAGCGUCUGUGGUAACUGCUGGCCGAAUUAUCGAGGCUGUGGUGAUCUUACUGAUAUGUGUGUUGGUGAUUGGAUCCAACGUGAUGGCUCUGGCCACUAUAUUGACCUCACCUGCGCAGAAGGAAGCCAUGGAUUACUAUAUUCUGUCCCUGAUCACUGCCGACCUUCUCUGUGGUGUGUUGAUCAUCCCACUGUCUGUAUAUCCGGCUAUCGUGAGAGAGUGGAUAUACGGAGAUCUUUUGUGCCGGAUAACUGGCUUCGUGGAGUUGACGUUGUGGAGUGUGACCACCUACACUUUCAUGUGGAUCGCCGUGGAUCGGUACCUGGCCAUUCGCAAACCCCUUCGUUACGACACCAUCCAGACGAAGACACGAUGCCAAUGUUGGAUGGUGUUUACUUGGCUAACAUCCAUUUUUCUGUGUUGUCCGCCGCUUCUUGGAUUUUCUAAAGGCCUCUUCUAUCGUGAUGGACUCGUUUGUCUGCUUGGGCUCAGUAAUAUGCUGCCAUACAGCACAACGUUGGCAGUGUUGGUGCUGGUGCCCAGCAUCUCGACCAUUGUUUAUUCUUACUUCUACAUCUUCUCCACCAUGCACAAACUACGGCAGAGCAUGAGUGAAGAGGAAAAAGAAUACGCUACGGCCAUGAGCGAGAACCUUUCCAAUCCAGACCAUAUGAUGGCCUUGAUUCUGAUCCUGGUGUUUGCAGUUUCUUGGAUUCCGUGGUUCUCACUCCGAAUCUACGAGCAGGUGGCAGCAGAGCCCGUGACAUCCCACUAUUUGCACUUUUGCCUCCUGUGGCUGGGAGUUCUGAACAGCAUCUGGAAGUCCAUAAUAUACGCCCUGAUGAGCCCCAAGUUUCUCUACAGUCUGAAGCUGCUAUGUGCGUCCCUGUGCUGUCGUUGGAAGGCUCGACCUCAGUUGAUCGUCUGAAUGUUGAAACUAUGGAGUAACUGCGGCGGAAAGCUGCUCGGCAGAUAUCGGAUCCUGUUCGUUUCUUCACGAAGAUACGGGUAACUGCGGCGGAAAGCUGCUCGGCAGAUAUCGGAUCCUGUUCGUUUCUUCACGAAGAUCCUUUCAAUCGAAAAGAUGCUAUUGUAGACUGAACGAAAAACCGCUCUAUACAUAAUAUGUUGGGGUGCUGUAGUAUCUGUCUGGACACGUACUACUACUUCUACUUGACAAACAAAGAAAUUGGAUGAUUUCUGUUACAUUCUACUGAAACAGUUUAUAGGAAGAUACCAACACUGUUACAUCCGUUUAACACUACUUUUCUCCAUGAUUUCUGUUACAUUCUACUGAAACAGUUAAACAGUUUAUU